AUGGCUAUUCUCUUUAUUGUGUUGGCGGUUGCGGGCUAUUCUGCCAAUGUUCAUGGUGACGAGGGCUUCUACAACAUCGCACACAUGACCAAUACACCGGGCAGUGUCGACUGGGCGCUUGCAAAAGGUGCGAACGGUGUAGAGAUAGAUUUGACCUUUGACAAAUCAUCCGGAUCUCCUCAUAUAUUUAGACAUAGUGCCGCCGGAGAGGCAUGUGACUGCACGUGUUUAUGCCCAGCCCCUCUAUAUGUAUUAUGCGGAACACUAUACCCCAACAGUGUUUGUGCAAAGCUCUUGGAUGAUGUCCAUAGCAUAUCACCAUGCAGAGCUGAAUCUUCAAUACCAACAAUGUUGAAUUUUCUCGCCAAGAAGGCCAGCCUCGCUUUGAUAAUUAUUGACUCAAAAAUUGACAGUGAUGACAUUGAUUCUUCUAAAAUGAAGACUGCGGGAGGAAUGGUGGUCACGAAUUUAAUCACGCACCUUUUUCAGGCAGAUUACGGUGGAAAGGUCAUCAUUAGCUCCCCGAAGAUUGACACUUUGCCUUAUUUACAGGCGGCGGUUACCGCGUUACAGGGAUCGCAAUAUCAAGCCCGUGUAUAUUUUUCGAUCGACAUGGAAAAGAAUAACAUUGGCGGAGCGCUUAGAGAGCUGCAUAAGUUAUCGUCCCGCAAUAUUGUUUAUGGUACAGGGAUUUCCUCAUGCUCGCCGAUCCAAAUUCAGCAAGGUACAAUGGAGGUAGCAACCUUGAAUAAGGCCAGAAGGGUGAUCUGGACUAACGUACCUUUGGUACUUUGA